AUUGUCCACCUCUGCGCCGCAUACAAGGCUGCUGUUUUGGGGGAACCGAACCAAUCCUCCACAGAUUACUAACUGAACCAACCUCGGGGCAUAAACUAAUUAAAACCAACACCACGGUGCACGUUUCUGACGAGACCCCCGCUCGAUCAGCCGUCCUCAGAUUAUGGCCUGUUUGGUGCCUGCCGGUGUGAUUUCCACCACAACCCUUCCGCAUUUUCCUGCAGCUCUCGGGCUGUGACGUGUCGUGCUGACGGCGGCCUCGGAGCUGGAGGAGCAGGGGGCUGUAGCAUGACAAGACCUGGCUCCAGACGUCCUGCUUUGCUUUCAACGGAGCUCCAGAAACUACCCAUAACCCCUCCUUCUCUUCUUCUCCGCGGCCCGCCCAAAUAACACAAAUCUCCCGACUGAAUCCUGCCCGAGUCUGGGGGGGAACCAGGCGGCCUGGAGAGCCGAGGCGCAGACGGAGGCCAUCCCUGCAGCAUACACCUGCUGUUCAGUAACAAAUGCAGUGCGAAGACAAUGGAUGAGGAUGUCACCAGGCUUGCAAUACAUUCGGAAGAGCCUAAAAUAAUAUUACACGGAUCGGAUGAGGGUGGUGCCGGCGGGCAGGAGUUUGUUGUGGAGCUUCAAGAGACUGUGUUGGUGUCCGAAGGCGAGGGGGAAGGCAUGGCAGUUCACCGGUUUGCCCCAGACGAGCUAGUCAUCCAGGACGCGGUCGAGGAUGUGGUUUCCGAGUAUGUUCACUGUGAUGAAGAUGAGGAUGUCGCCGUUGAAACCUGCGUGAUGGCUCUUGAGGGGGAUGAGGAAGGUGUUGCCAUGGGAGACAUCCCUGAAGAUGGGCUGGACCCAGAGGAGCAGGAGGACGACCAAGAUGGGUGUGGAGAUUAUCUAAUGAUAUCCUUGGACGAAGCGGGAAAAAUGGUAUCCGAAGACGGAACGGAGGUAACGGUGGAGGGAGCUGUGGAGGACCAGGAAGUGGAGAAGGAUGAGGAUGGGCAGGAAGUGAUAAAGGUGUACAUCUUCAAGGCUGAUUCUGGGGAGGAUGACAUGGGAGAAUCCGUUGACAUCAGCGAUGGAGACACGGAGAGUGUGGCGUUAACGGAGUCUUCGGGCCAAACGCUCAGAGAGAAGAUGGUUUACAUGUCAGUCGGGGAUUCUCAUCACAAUCAAGGAAACCAUGGUGCAGAGGAUAGCGAGAGUUGUGAAAACAGAAACGGUGCAGCCAGUGCACUGCUGCACAUCGAUGAAUCUGACGGGGUUGAUGAAAUCAGUAGACAACGUAACAAGAGCAAGAGACGGUCGGAGCCUCGCCAGGUACAGACAGCCAUCAUCAUCGGCCCAUACGGUCAGCCUCUGACUGUUUACCCCUGCAUGCUUUGUGGUAAAAAGUUCAAGUCACGAGGCUUCCUGAAACGCCACACCAAGAAUCAUCACCAGGACGUUCUGACGAGGAAAAAGUACCAAUGUACAGACUGUGACUUCACCACCAACAAGAAAGCCAGCCUCCACAACCAUAUGGAGGUGCACGCUCUGAGCAGCAAGGCCCCUUUCGAGUGUGAAAUGUGUGGCAAGGAGUUCCACCAGCAGGCAGCGCUGUUUUCUCACAGACUGCAGCACCACCAUCGAGAGCCUAAGAGUCAGCCGCCAGCAACGCCCAACAAGAUGCAUAAAUGCAAGUUCUGUGACUAUGAAACAGCCGAGCAGGGACUGCUCAAUCGGCACUUGUUGGCAGUUCACAGUAAAAGCUUCCCCCACAUCUGUGUGGAAUGUGGAAAAGGCUUUCGACAUCCUUCCGAAUUGAAGAAACACAUGCGCACACACACGGGCGAGAAGCCUUACUCCUGCCUUUACUGCGACUACAAGUCGGCCGAUUCCUCUAAUCUCAAGACGCACAUCAAGACGAAGCAUAGCAAAGAGAUGCCGUACAAAUGUGAGCGCUGUUUCCAGACCUUUGCGGAGGAGGAGGAGUUGAUACAGCACGGACUAACGCAUGAGGAGAAUAAGACCCACCAUUGUGCCCACUGUGAUCACAAAAGUUCCAACUCCAGUGACCUGAAACGCCAUAUCAUAUCUGUUCACACCAAGGACUAUCCACAUAAAUGUGCCAUCUGUGGUAAAGGCUUCCACCGGCCGUCUGAACUGAAGAAGCACUCGGUAUCCCAUCGCACCAAGAAACUCCACCAGUGCCGGCACUGCAACUUCAAAAUUGCAGACCCUUUUAUUCUCAGUCGCCAUAUCUUGUCAGUCCACACAAAGGAGCAACAGGCCUCUCCUGAAAAGAGUGAGUCUAAGAGGACAGAGACGCACACUCCCGUUGUGACGCCUAAAAAGUCUGCACCGAGCGCGUCCAGCGCCUCUGGCCAGGCUGGCAGAGUCAGUGCAGCCAGCUUAGCCAGCAGUGUGACUGUAGUUAUUGGCAAAGGACAAAAGGAAAGGAGAAUUUACCAGUGCCAGUACUGCGACUACAGUACCGGGGAUGCUUCGGGUUUCAAGCGACACGUGAUUUCCAUUCACACAAAAGACUAUCCGCACCGCUGCGAUAUCUGUUCGAAAGGCUUCCGGCGCCCCUCGGAGAAGAACCAGCAUAUCAUGCGCCACCACAAGGACGUGGCCCAGGCAGAGUGACUCUGACGGAGCCAAAUACUGUGCCACAACCAUGUACAAUGUUGAAGUAACCAUCACACCCCAAUCUCUGCACCCUCAGCGCCGCACCAGUCGCAUUGAAAUAAUGUGGCGCGUGUGCCUGCUGCACUUAGUCCGUUCGGUUGUUUUGCUCUUUUUUGAUCCUCAGCCUAAUGUUUGUUCAGAUAUGUAUACACAUGUACAUAACAUUAACGCUCUGUCCGAGAUAGACAACAGAACCCCUCUGUAGACUUGCACUUUUAACUGCAUGUCCCUUUGCUGGUGACAGUGUGCAUGGCAGAUUGUGCGGAUUGUCUCUUUGUAGAUAUACAUUUUUUUUUUAAAUUUUGCAGGCAGCAAUCAGUUGUCAAUCACAAUGGUCCUAAUUAUUUGUCUCAAAACUGAAGCGUGAUUUUGCAAAACGUUUGCAUCGUUAUGUUAAAAUGUACUUAAACACAGCAGUGUGAAUUAGCAACCUGGUCCUAGUAGCACUUGCCAUCUUGGUACAGAUCGGGAUGAAUGCAGUAAUCGAGUCGUGUGUGUGCAUGUGUGCGUGCAUGAGUGUAUGAAAGAGAGAGAGAGAGAGGGAGAGAGUGAAUGACAGACAAGCAUCUGUUGUGCUUCCCGGUGCUCCGACCCCACCACUCUGUAACAUAGUGCUUUUUCGUUGUGUUGUUAAAAACACAAGGCUGACUGUGUACAGCACUGAGAGAAAAUAAAUGAUUACUCCUAGCUUUGUGCACAGCGGUCUACGAUCAUUCAAUUAACACAAAAUACACAGUGAAACAGUGGAUGUGUCAUGGUAGUGGAAAAAAAGUUCACGUAUGCACCUAUAUCCCAAUGCCAUCGUUACCCCCGUCACUUCCUUAUCAUAAACCUGUGAUAUUUCAGUUUAAACUCAGUAAGUGUACUGUUUGUUGUUCAGAACAAGAGAUGCAGAGAUGAAGCCCUGACUGAGAGUAUUUCUAAUCCAUUAAUGCUACCUGGAGAGUGAAAUCCCAUUAAUUUGAAAAACUGUAUGUUUUCACCAUUAUGAGUGAUGAUACUGAAGCGGUUUCUUUUUACCAUAAACAAACUUGUUUCUCAUAUGAAUUGACAUGAUAUCUUUUAAGACAUAGAAAAAAAAAACAUGAUCUACAAACGUAAGUAUGAUACCAAUAUUAGGCUGAAAUAAAAAAAGUUCACGUCAGUGUCCCGAUAUAACUGUCUGGCCUAAAUAGGAAUCAUACAGUGUAACUGGUGCUGCUGUUAUGAAACUAUGGAUUAAACUCUGUUUUGCCCUCACAGAUGUACUUUUGCCAGUAGAAAGGGAAAAUGUAUAUCUUUCUAGAUGCAACUUCAGAAGACAGGUGCUGGUGGUGUACUUAUACUAUGGCUUUUUACAUUUUUGUUAUCACCUGUGAUUAUUCCUGUUUUUAUAUUUAUUUCAUUUACAAGUUGUUGUAUAGUUAAGUGUAACUAGACUUCUAUGGGACGUAAAUUAUUGUUUUGUAUACAAAUCUGUACAAAGCGUGUAGAUGUAAACACUUGAUAAAACGGAAAUCUGAACUGUGUUGUUAUGGAUGUACUUCAACGUAUUUGUUAAAAAAGAUAAUAAAAGCAAAGUAUUUUAGCCGUUCUGUUUUCUAUUUGCCCCAUUAAGGUUUUCCUACUUCCCUGAAAUGUGUUUUGCUUGUUGGAUAUUUCACCUUCACUGUGAAGAAUGACGUGUGCACAGAGUUUGACACUAAGUGUUUUUUCUUGCAAACAUGCAAAACUUGUUAAGGUCUGAGAGACUCAUCACUUUUCUUACUUUUCAGACAAACCAACAUUUCUUAAAUGUUUGAAACAUUCCUUGUUAACUAGCUUCCUGUCUUCCCUUCCUUUGUUGAUGCAUUACCUCCA